AAGCAAGAUGGCUAUGCUUGCAGAGAAGAAAACGAAACAGAAAUGGAGCAAUGAUCCACGUAACACGGCUUGGACAAAUGGUAAGGAACUAUUUUGUGUGAUAGUUUAAAUAGCUGAAUCUCCUUGAACAUUUUCUUUCUCCGUGUUUCACAAUUUCAAAAAUGUUUCUCUGUGUUUCUGAACGACCACUGCGACCGAAUGCUCGGCCCCGCUGAAUGCACUACGACCAAAAAUAUGAUCAUGAUCUAAAAAGCUUAUGUGUGCUUAUUCAUUUGUAUGGAAGGGGUUGAUAGAAAGGAAGCGUUCUGCACUUCUGCAUACGUUGUUUUAUUCAUAUUGACAUUACAGUAACCACAGUUUCUAUUUGUUUUCGUAGUACCGGUAUUUUUCAUUGAAUGUCACUAUGCGGAAUCUCCCCAUUCCCCAUUGUUUUAACAAUGGGAAAUUUAUAAUCAUUGCAUUUGCAAAUGUAGCGAACGUGUGGCCGCAGGCUAUUGCAAGUCUAUUGCAGAGCUAUUGCAGGCUAUUGCUUGUGGAACUUGGUUGGGAGAAAAUGCAACAUACGUUACUCUGGUUUAAUACCUGAUUUUGAAGUGCACCUCAAUGACUUGUCUCAGAAGUGGAGGUAGUGGUAUAACCGGAGAAGGUGGGGGGGGUGGGAGGGGGAGACUGCUAUAAAUUGGCUAUUUCUGUAGGCCUCUGUGAAGGGUAUGGCUUUCAAGUAGUUAUUCUGGGGCAGGUAUAGAAACCAGAGAGUUUGGACCAAGAAUAGAGUAGCAUUUUCCAGGAAACUGAUCAACUCAGGCAGGGAUCUAGGAUAAAUACUGACUGAUUUCCUAAACGAGCUAGAGGGUCCAGUGGCAGGCUCCCCCAGGGGAGUUUUUGGAUUUUUAACUCCUUUAAGUCCUCUUUCCUGCAUCUUUUUCCGAGUCAUUUGGACGGGAUAUUGGACAGAGUUUCUUUUUGGAAAGUGUUUUAUUUAAUUUUUGUUGAAAAUAUAUUUAUUAUGAAAAAUCUGACCGAUUUCCGUAAAACGCUGGAAGCCGGUGUGGAUCCGCGCCUGCAACUGGUUGAAGAUUUUAGUCUAGACUAGAAAAACCAGGAAUUGACUUAGAGCAAAGAAAAUUAAAAUUUAACGUAAAGAUAAAACUUAAUUGCAAUAACAAUAAACAAAUUAUUUUCCUGACGAUGUCUUCUUUAGCAUUUUUUUCAAUCUAACUUUUUUUAAUGUUGUUAAUACAGUCAAACCUCUUUAAUACAGACACCAACGGGACAGAACCAAGUGUCCCCUUUACAGAGGUGUGCAUAUUAUAGAGGUAGAGAAUGUAUGAGUUGUGGCAUUUCUGGGACCAAACGAACUGUCCGUACUAGAGAGCUCUCUGUAUUAUAGAGGUGUCCGUAAGGAGAGGUUAGACUGAAGUAUUUUUUCUGUACUAACUCUAUGCCCAAGAAUUUGAGUUAUUUUGCCUAUUUUUCUUCUAUUAUUAAAUGAUCAGACACCAGCCGAUUUGGUUACCAGAUGUUAACUAAGAUGGGAUGGGAGAGUGGUAAAGGACUGGGGGCUAAUGAAGAUGGAUUGACAACUCAUGUCAAGGCUACAAAGAGAAGGGAUAACCUGGGUAAGGAAGAGUAGUAUAUUUUGCAGAUUGAUGUCCUUUUCAGAAAAAGAGCAGGAGUGUUUAUCAGUUGGCCUGAAAAUCUUCUUUUUAGAUCAGUGAACUUAUAGUAAACAACAUGUUUUUCGAUAACCUUUCCCAAGAAAAUAGGAACUGCAAACUCAGCCUUGUUUUGGCAGUUUUGAUUAAGAAUACAAGUAAACAUUUCAUUUAUCAUUAUACAGUCAAUUCUCCCAUAGCGACCACUUCUCAUGAGCAACCACCUCCUGUAAGCGACCACUUUGUAAAUAACUGUUUUGUUUCUUUGUCAAAUACUGCUUCAAAAACUCUCUUGUAAGCGACCACUUCUCAAUAAAUUAUUUUAAGCAACGGUGACCACUUUUAAGUCCAGAAUUUUGACAUAUUCUUUACAUUGUUUUUUGUUUCUAGCAAGCGACCACCUAGCAUGAUCGUGUAUGAUUAUUUUCUUGAUUUGUCCCAUAGACGACCACCUCCUGUAAGUGACCACUUUGUCAUGCACCAAGGGUUGCCACUUACGAGAGAGUUGACUGUAUUAUGUUACUGCUUUCCCUUUAAUAUUUACCUUUUUUCAUACACUGAGUUGCUUCUUUAAUAAUAUAGUCCAUGUAAACCAUGGUUUUGAUAGGUACACGCAACUUACUACCUAAUUUUUUUUGGUGUCUGAAAAACUGCACAGCUCACUAGCAACACCUUCGUCAAAUUACUGAAACUGAGAUUUGUAGAGUACACGAUAAAUUAUGUCCACUAUAAUGAUAUAAAAUUAUAUUACUCAGGCUGUGUAGUGACUAGUGGAGAUAAAUGAUAAACGUCCCCCACUUUUUAAAUUCAGAUCCAUGAUGAUAUAUGAUUAUCUACUCUGUUACAAUAACAUUCAGGUCUGGGAGCUGACAAAUCUAAUGAAGAUAACUGGUUAUCACAUCAGAUGGCAUUUGAUGAUUUGUUGUCAAAGCUUAAUGACAACACAGAAAGUGGAAUUGGUGAGUUUCCUAGACAACUUGAAUUCACUUAAAAUAGCCUGGAUAUCUGUGUUUCUGAUUAGUGACUUAUGAAAAAAGAUCUGAAAACAUGGAUCAUAAACUUCUGGCCCCAGUUGUUUGAAUAGUGAAAAAUGCUAGCAUCUGGAUAGAUUUUAAUCCACUGCAUAACACAGUCGGUUUCCCUGAUACUCAUCCACUAGAUAGUGAUUAUCUGGUAGAUAUCACUAUCCAUCAUUUAAACAACCAGCAUCUAAUGACAGAUGCUGAGGAAGAAGGCCCUUUUGUUUAUAUUAAAUUGAGGCCCACAAUGCUGAGGUGCUGAGGUACUUCAAUUUAACCACAGCAGAGAGCCUCCAUUCCUAACCCCUUUCCUGGAGGUCUAGAUCAGCCAACAGUCACAGAGGCUCGAUGACUGAGUUUUUGAAAUGUUAUUCCUCCCCGCCCCCAAAAAAAGACGAAACAAAAACAUAGUUGUGAGAUAACAGCAAAGCAUCCUACCCCAUUAACCACUCUAUUAUUUGCUGUUUUCGUUGACAUAGGAGAAGGCAAACCAAAGGGAAAGGCAAAGAAACAUGACAUGGAAAAGACAGCUCGGCAGUCAAGAAAGCGAGUCUUGUAGGUGCUCCUUAUUUAGAUGUUGUACUGUGGGUAAAAAUGAAAUUCGGGUUAAAAUAGUUUCAAUCUAGGCUGAAUUCAAUUCCCUUUGUUUCCUAACUCUAAUAUUAUGCAUGACUGACUCUGUAAAUAAACUGUGUCAAGAGUACACCUCAAGUAAGUGGUAACUAUCAAUCGUACCAUGGGUGUGUCAAUGUACCCUGGUUUCACAAGACAGUUUAAGUCUCAACCAAGGGUAACAACAUUGUACUUUGGUACCAGGGGCUAAUUUAAGGGUAGGUCCGAGGGGAGGUUCCCUUUUUUGUAAAAUUUUCUUUAACUGUUAAAGGAUUCUCAGUGAAAUAAAAAGCAUCUAUAUAGCUGGCAAGUGCUGCGGCCACCCCUUUCUGAAUUUUUUGGAUCUGCCCCUAAAUACUCUUUUUCAGUAAUCACUCUUUUAGGUAUGUUCAACAAACUAUCCUUGUUUUGAAGCUGACUUACAUUGUACAUAAAAACGUUGUCUCCUUUAUAGCUACAAUCGCUUCAUUCAGAGCAAAGACUUAUCAUCAAAAUCCGCUGAAGACAUGGCAUGUAUCUUUGGUCAGCGAAGCAAGUCAGCCCCUGGAACUCCUCAGGAUUAUUCAGAGGUUGUUAUAAACCUAAAAGUACUUUAACAUUAAUUUGUAGCAUUCAAUUUUAUUUCGUUUACUGGUUUGUAGUUUACUCUUUAGAUGAAUAGUAAACUGUUUUUUUUCUUGAAAUCUUGGCUUACGUACUUGAGUUUGAGGCAAAGGUGUGUUUUUUGUCUUGGUGAAUCUAGAAAAGGUGCAAUACACUUGAAUUCAACGUCUUUCCAGAAACGUUUUCAAUAUGGAUCACCAGUUAUCUUCUCUUGACUACUCCCGUUUUUUUUCCUUAGGUGUAGAAAUCAUUAUAAUGCCUGAGUAGUACAUUUAAGUAGCUUUCACAAGGCUGUUGAGUUCAUAAUGCGCGAUAAUUAUUUUUAGAUGUAGAAGGUAGACAUCAAAGAUUUCUUUUUGCUGCAAACAAACUUACAACCUAUAAGAAAAGGAAAUUAGAGAGAUUUAGAGUCACGUCUACGGCAAACGUGAAUUUGUGCCACGUGACCAAGUUUUGCCUGUACUUGUCUCUGUUCUUUACUUCUACAAAAAAAUGAGUUGUUUCACGGUUUUUUCAGCCAAAAGAAUUGUUUUAGAGUGUUUUUAUCUGCUCAUUUUCUAUUUUGAGAAAUUCUCAACUCGAGUCUGCCCUUUACCGUAAUAUAAAAGUGACUCCAAAUCUCUCUAUUGUAUGAACGUGUCUGCGCCAUAUUGGGUAAAUAGGUAAGCCCUUUAGCUGCAAUAAACUAUCUAGCUGUCUGUCUUAAUUCUGUAUGAACCUUCAGUGGAACUUUUCAAUGGAAAACUCACGAGAAAUAGAUGGUAUAGUAAACAUAGUUUUCUUAGUUUUGUUAGGAAGUGAAAUUGAGAGCGUUUUCUCGUAUUUGUCUUCCUGUUUCCCGUGUUAGGGUGAAGAGUCAGACGAAAGCACAUCGUCUUGUCCGCCUCCAGCCAUCCACGGUGUCAAAACCAUCACCUCAGGCCAGAGUAUUCAAGAAUACUUUGAGAAAAAGAUGAAAGAAAUAAAGGCCGCGAGGGAGGGCAAGGCAGCGGGACAAGAGAUGAACAAAGAGGAACAAGCAUCUGCAGAUGAAAUUCAGGGGAAUAAUUCGGCGAAUCCAGAAAACUGUGGGAAAGAAUCGAAGUUAAGGAAAAAGAAGAAGGAGAAGAGACGAAAGAGAAAAUUUUCAACGGAGAAUCCUGAGCUGCAAAGCGAGGAAGUUAGUACAGAGGUUGAUAAAGAUGAGCGCUCCGCAAAGAAAAAGAAGAAAAACGAGGAUUUGGACGUGAAACUCGAAGAAAGCGAGGAUGUAGUUGUAGUCCAGGAAGCACGAAAAGUGGAGAAAAAGAACCGGAAAAGAAAGGAAAAGAAUGCUAAAAUGACAGACUUUGAGAUUUGCGACGUUGAUGUAAUUCAAAGUGACAGCAAAGAGUGUUCGACAAUGAAGGAUGUGAAACCUAUAAAGGAAAAACACAAGAGCUGUAAAAACAAAGACAAGAGUAUAUCUCAUAUAGAGAAAAGUGUGAUAAAAGACAAGAAGGUUAAAUUGGAAAAGCCAAGAGACAUUAGUGAGGAAGAAGAAAGUAAAAACAAUAACGGAAAGAAAGGGAAAAAGGGUAGAAGUUGUAUUUCUCAUGACUUGGCCAAUGUUGAAUUUGUGGCAAAGAAGGAUCGAAAGAAAAAGAAGAAAAAAGAUAAAUCUAAAGAGGGCAAGAAACGUGAAUAA